UCAGUUACAGAGCAACAACAUGGAGCUGCACGAAGUAGAGGAGAGCAGCGACAGCUCACCCAUUGCCACAACGCCUACAUUGCCCCGAUACAGUCGCACAGAGGAGUUGAUGAGCCAAAGCAGCAGCCCUGGCAGUGGGACCCACGUAUCCAGCACCAGUGGAUUCUCUUUGGGAGAGGCCAUUGUGCAGAGCGCCAAACAGGGUAUGGAGACCUGGUACCAGUUGCCAGCGGAGGAUAAUGUUAGCCAGCUCACCGCAGCAUCAAUGAGCAGGCUGGGCGCAGAACACACAGGGAGCGAGUUAGCCACUCUCGAGGAAGGGAUGAUAACAGUGAGCGAGGGCAUGAAAAAGCUACGAGCUGGAAGCAGAUCAAACACUCCCCAGCUCGAAUUUCAGGAUAGUCACCUGUCUCCUACUCUUCCAUUACUUGCUGUAUACUCUACUAAAGGUCAAAGUCUGUCUGAUGAUACCUUCUUUCAACGCACAGAACUGGAUUUUGCUCCCCUUAGAGAAUCUCCAGAUGUUUCUGGUCUGUCUGAAAGGUUCACAAGACCACUCCAAAUCAGCGACGCUGUGCAGCUUGCAGCCACAGAAGUCUCUACAGAUUUCUCUCUGUCCCAGCACCCGCUGGCCAUUCGCACAGCUUGUGCAGAUGAUGCAAGCAGCGUGUGCUCUUUAUCCCAGCACACUAUAUCGCCUGCCUCUAUGGAUGAAGCAGAUGAGCUCAAAAGAGAUGCUAAAGAAGAGCUGUUUGCUCCUCUGGAGGAAGACCAACAUUCUAAACCUCCAGAGUCUCAACCUGGAGCUGAAUAUCAGAAUAGUCAAGCUCGUGCUGGGGAAUAUUCAUCACUUGUUUUUCUCAAGGAGAACAUGUUUAAGGCCUCAUUUGACGAUGAUGCUACCUUUUUAGAUAGUAGUGUUCCUGCUCCACUCCUAAUGGAGCUCCUGGAAAAAGAGGUUGGAUUGUCCAGCAGUGGUAGUUCUUCUCAUAGGACUUUGUCUUCCAGUGUACCCCAGAUAGAUCAAGAAGUGAAUUUGCAACCAACUGUUUAUACUGACAACACUGAAAAGAGUAAUUCUGAUGCAAAUCCAGCAGAACAGCUGGAAGAUGUGGUGGUACCAAAACUUGAUCUCUCCAGAAGCUCUUCAGGUUUUUCAGAUAAGGAGAUAUUUAAAACCCCACGAGAUUCAGCACCUACAAGAACUUCAGUCUCAUCUACAACAUCAACACCUAGGGCUAUAGAGAAAAGUGAUUUAAAUGAGUCACGUAGGUCUGAACUGUCCAAUAUUACCACAAGGUCUUGGCAUGGCAAGUCAGAUGAAGAGAUAUCCAUUGCUCUACGUAAGCAGCUGUGUUCUGAGAUCUUGCAAAAACGGCAGACUCUGUCAGGUUCCUCCAAACUAGAGAAUAUAAGUGAUCCUCAGCAACCAACCUGCCAUCCAGUCACCCCCAACACAGGCUCCUUGGGAACAUACAGUGGAAAGGACAGCACAAUUGUAGAAGUGCAGACUGGUCUUGGCAACGGUGAAUUAACUGCAUCAUCGGGUUGCAGCUUUGAGCGAGGAUAUAAAGAGAGCGAUCUGUCUUCGUCAGUCAGUCACACCACUUUUGGCGGCUCCUUUCUUAGAUCGCUUGCACAACCUGUUUCUCAGUCGACUCCAGGGGUGUUUCCAAACGUACCCAGGGCCACUGUGCGUCCAGCUACCGGCAAGCUCACUCCAGUUGAAUCAAAGCAUGAAGUGUCUUUGCCUUCCACUGAUGUACAGCAAAGUGUCUCCUCCAAAAUUACUCUUGCCCCAUCCAUCAACAAAGACUUAAUUGAACCAGCUGGUCAGAGGAGUAGCACCAAAGGCAGUGAAGUGUUAAGUGCUGCGUCACUUUGUAACAAAAGAAAGGUUAGUUCUCUGCCCACUCUGAAUUAUAUAGAGAAAGUAGGAGCAUGGAAUGUAACUCAGACUUCAGGUAAAACUACUUUCGACAACCUGGCCUUGUGUGGUUUCACAGGCGUGUCCCCCAAGAAGAAGGCUUUCAGUGCCAUUGCUGAUUCAUUAAACCAGAUUUUUUCCCGGCAGAACAGUGGCAAGUCAUCGCCACAGUUGCCCACAUCACAAGAGAGCUUCCGCAGUCCUAGAAGGAACCUUGCUGCUUCUUUUUCUGGAGGUUCGACUCCAGCUACAGAGCAGUCCGGAAGCAAAGAAGCUCUCGAAAGAAGGUCUUUGAGCAGGUCUUUGUCUUGUACUUCCGUUGGUACUGCAAGAAAACAGAUUCAACAAGCUGGGGACCCUCAAACAAGGAAGAAUGAAGGUCUUCAGAAUGCACAAAAUCUGGAUGCUGCUGUAAAAGCUGGUGCAGAUGGAAGCUCAGUAGAGUCUGUUUUAAUGCAGGUUAAGGAGACCUCUGAAAGGAGAAGUGCACAUGUGGAGGAUAGGAAUAGUGUGUCGGAUAACAGAAAAACAGCCAGUCCCAGUGAAACUGCUAGCCCAGUGGAGAAGGAUCGCUUCUGCUCAGAAGACAAAGUUAUUGGCUCAGACCCUAAGGAAUCGGAUAAGUUGCAGGGUUCACAGCCAUCUUUCAAAAUCACCAUUGACAGAUUCAGCGAUGUCUCUCCAAGCGAUGGUGCCUGUGUUAGUUCUCGGGAAAUGAGCCGCAUUGGUGAGCAGACACUGUCCCCGUCCACAGGGGCUGUUUCAGCCUUCUCUCCCAGUAGUUUGGAAGUAGAUAACUAUGCCCCUUACUGGGCCACAAAUCCAACAUCUCCAGCCAAGAGCACAGAAUUGAACUUUGAAGAAAGAAUUCCUGUCUACCUUCGCAACCUUGGGAUCGACCAAUCGCCGUCUGCAAUACUUAACCCAUUUGCACCAAGAGGGCCAAUCAGAGAGCCAGAAUUUUCGAUGAAAGGGUCUAUUUGCACGCCAACAAAAAGUGUACAGCAGUCAGAAGGAGGUAGUCCAAUGAAGGGAGAUUUCUCUCAAUCAAGCAUAUUCUCUAUUAACUCCACGCUUAGCAUGUCCAUCCCUAUGGGCUCCGAUAUAGACAGCGAUACUCCUGUACCUGCUGAGUUCUCUGUGCAGGAAGCUCUCAGGUCUUCUAUUGAAAGACCAGUCAGCCAGUGCAGCCUUCAGACGGCUUUCCAUCCUUUAGACCGCUCAUUAGAUGUCCCACCCCAGCAACCUUCUCAGGCCACCUCUGAUCAGAAAAAGUCCAAAGACGCUGAGCCUCUACCAGCCUCGGAGCCCAGCAGCCCACAUCUGAAUGACAGCGGGAAUCUAAUUUCAACACGCGUUAAGAACCUCAUCGACAAGUUUGAAUCCAGUGCAGGCAAUGCAACUUCAGAUAGUUUGCCUUCGAGUCCUUUGGCUGACAAAGACUGUCAAGCCGGGCUCAGAGAUGCACAAGCAGAAGAAGCCUCAUGGUUGGCCACUGAAGCAAGUUGUCGAGGCCUGGAUCUAAGAGACGACUCUUUCGUUGGGUCCAAAACCCUGCAAGAGAUCCGAAAGCUUUUGGGCGAGGCAGAGAACGUUGUGUCCGGCAGGUCCUCCUUUUCAUCCCUGUCUGCAUCCUUAAAGGGAUCAGAUGACUUUUCAUCAUUCCUGCAUAGGAAGUUAGACAGCUUUCAAGACUCGUUUACUUCUACUGUGGAUAACAAGGAGAGCGAGUCAUCGCUGCUGUGGAGGAAGUCCUCUUCAGAGUCCAUGUUGACAUUGGAUGGACUGAAAGACAGCUCUCGGAAGGAUAGCUCUCUGCAGCCUAUCGCAACUUCCCACAGGGAUUCCUCUGGAUCCCACUUGUGUGAUGCCAGUGGACAAAUCUGUGUAAGCAAAGAUGUUGAGUGGGUGCCUCUUGGAGAGCUCCCCUGGGAAGCUGUGCAACCAUCCUUCACAGCCAAAACCAGAAGGCGAUCUGAGCCAGAAGGCUGCAGUGAAGCCAUCCAGAAAAAAGUGGCCCCUACCAGCAUUGCUCUCAUGAGGCUCCCCAGAGAUAUCAGCCAGGAGGUGGACGAUGGUCGUGAUCUUGCACAAGAGCUCGCAGGGAGGUUCCCAACAGCAACACCUGAGGAUAUUGAAACUGUUCCGAAAAUGACUCCUCAUGUGUCUGACCUAAAGGAAGGUGAAAAGGUAACAGCAAUUGACGACAGCAGCAGUGUUGAUUCUCUGGCUGCACGGGUUGCCACCCUCCUUAAAGAUGAGUCUCCAGCGACAAUGGCAUCCAGCAUUAUAACUGAGGCAGAUGAGGAGGAACGCAAAGCACGUGACUGGAUGAAACUAAAGCUAGCAGAGGAACAGCCUGAGCCCUUGGAAUUGGGUAAAGAGGACCGGCUGAGAAUCGAAGAAAUUAAAACGGAGCUCUUGCAAAACACCAAGAACAAAAAUACAACCACAAAGGCUCAGUGGACUACAGAUUCGGAUUCUGAUGCCACCUCCAGUGGUGAUGUUCACUUCGGGGUGCCUGCUGCAGGAGUCACCAGGCAGUUCUUAGCUCUGAACGCUGUGAAACACCAGAUCUCCAGUCAGAUGCAGAAACUGACUAGCAAUCCGUUUGACACCAGUGUUGAGCGUUGCACCCCACUGCGCAGAGACAGAGAUGCUCUCCUCCGGGAGAUAGCUCAAAGAGAGGGGGUUUCGGGUGUGGGUGCUGCUAGCCGGAUGGCUAUCGAAUCUAACAAGCCUAUUGCUUCCAUCACGUUUUCCUCCCGUAAACAGCCCCCCUCUACUUCCGUUUCCUGCUCCCCCCAUAUCAGUCCAGAGGUCUUGCAUCUCAGACAGCUUUCUGAAGGUGGUUCUAAUCAAUCUGGGAAUGAAAGGGACACAGAGCUGGAGAGAAGACAAGCAAGAAGCCUCCACACCAUGCCAGGAACACUAUCUGAUUGCCAAGGACAUUCUUCUAGUCCAAGGGUCCCUACAAAUGCUAAUAGCCACAGAGUAUCCCUAAUGCAGGACAGAGUCCCCCAGCAUUUAGCUGGUCAAGUUCCAGAAUUUGCUCCAAGAUCUGAUAUAUGCAAACAUUCUAAUACUUUGAGAGGUAUUGCCUUGUCUCAACAAGACGAACUAGAUGCAGUACAAAAAGCUGAAAAUAGAUCAGGAAUUGAUCGGUUUGUACAGGAACCCUAUUCAGGUUAUGGUUUCUGUCAUCAUCAAGAUCCUGCAUCACAAAAGGAGCUGAAGUUGAGACUUAGUGAGGAAUCAGCCUGGAAUAGACAAGUAGAUCAGGAGAAGGAUGACUUUACUCCUGCUACAGAAAUUAUUCCCCUCCCUGCCCCAGAACAUAGGCUGCUCAGAAGCCCCAUGAAGCAUGGUCCUGAGAAAAGUGCCACAAAACAAAUGUCUAGAUCAACCCCAAACCUAUCCCUGAUAGAAAAGGCCACUGUGGAGCCUAACAAUAUGGAGUCCAGUGCAGCACCAUUACAGAUUUCAUCUUUUGCUUCUGGUACUUCCUCUAUUUCGUCUCCUACCAAGAAGGUACUGUCAUAUGUCCAUGUAACACUAUCACCCAGACCUGUGAAUGGGAAGUCCACUUCUGCAGAAAAUCAGUUUAGGUUUGAGAAUUCCCAUCAUAGGCUUGAGGACAAUGGUGCCAACUUUUAUCCAGAAACCCGAAGCUUGUUUCCCUGUUCUUCAAGAAUGCCUACUCCUCAGUGGUCUUCAGAUGUGCAAGGAGCCCCAUACUCAUCAAAGGCUGUGUCUACAAUAGUUUAUGGUGGUUAUUCAGGAGUGGGUGUAGACCAUGAACUAAGGACAGCAUUAAAUAGCGACCAAAGUGUUCAGUUUUCUGGACAACGAAGCCCCCUUGUUCUUCAAAACGAAUCCACAAAGCAGGAAGGUAAAAAGACCAGCAUCCCCACACAGACUGUGAGGACCCCUUCUGCCGAUGCCAUGACCCAGAUAACCACACAUGUGCCUGACAAGUCAUUGUUUGCAUCAGAAACUACCAUGGAUGCAGGACACAGUACUAGACAUCACAUUUCCACAACACCACCAGAACAGUUGCACAGGAUGUCCCAUAUCUCACCCAACGCUUGUGAUCAGGCAUCAGACCAGCCUGUGCUGCUGCCAUAUAAACCCCAAGGAAGCCAUGCGAUGUUCUACGUCCCACACCCCGGGUCUAGAAUAUCACCAGUAAGAUCAGACACCACCAUAGAAAGUUCACAUCCAGGCUCAGAUGAUGCUAUUCCACCAAAAUUCACAGCAGAGGUUCUGGGCUCCAGAGACAAGGAAAUAGAGAUUGAUAUAACAACCCGGCACAAGGAAGGGAUCUACAGCAAGAGAGCGCUGCCCACAACUGUAUGGGAAGAAAACGAAAUGACACCAGGAGAUUCACAAAAGAUCCCGGCAGUCGGAAGAACCCAGAUCAGUGAGGAGUCCCAAGGACAGAGCCAUCCCGGACGACAUCACCAGUACAUUGAAAACCCAGAGCACAUGCAGAGCCCUUGUGAUCUGAGCAAAAGCUCCACAACACAGCACAGUGGUUCUUCUUCCAGAGGCACACAUCAGUCCAAUGAAGAUUUGAGGAGAGAAGUGCGAGAGUUCAGCAUAGACCAGCUGGAUUUCAGCAGAGACCUGGAAGAUGGAGAAUUUGCUGCUCUGAGAGGAGAACCUGACGACAGUAUGGAUGACAUACACCAGCAUCUGAGCUCUGUGAGGGAGGACCUGACAUCAACCAGGACUGGAAGGCAUUGGACCUCAAAAGACAGAGCGCCCCCCCUGUCCAGUGGCAGGGUGACCACAGCAAGCCACAGAACGACUGACCCAACUUCUGACCGCAGCCUGCGUUCCAGCAGGAGUUUGCACAAGCUGUGGGAGAAGUUCAAGGAAAGACAGAGACAAGAGCCUGUAGAUUCCAAGGAGUAUUCCCUUUUGGAGCGGCUUGAUCGACUCUCCAGGCUCCUCAACAACCCCGUGCAGCACUCCAUCCUGUCUGUGGAGGAGAAUGAGCAGAGCAGGAGUGAGGAGGAGAGGAACAAGAGUAGGAAAAGGGAAGAAUCAAAACGGGGACAGAGAGAUAAAAGAGGCCACUGCAUGCGGCAGGCUUGGGUGCAGAAGUUCCUGGAACCAGAAGGGACACAGACAUCCAUCCAGACCAAAGAUGGCAUCUCUUUCCGCUCAUCUUCGACGCUUGAGCCCAUCAGGGAGAUUUCCACAGAACGUAUUAAAAUAAUCUUGAACCGCCAGAAAGACCCUGCAAGGAAAGAGCGGGAUCCCAGUUUCAGUGAAACGGUCUCUGAAACAGACACAGCUGUCCAGACGGAGUCAGGAAGCUCAUACCAGACUGACACAGGCAGCACCUUAUCUACCAUCGACACUGCCCGGUUAAUUCGAGCCUUUGGACCCGAGAGAGUGACCCUCAAUCCCAGCCUUUCCAAACUAUACAGCACUAUUGAUAAGCAGAGGGACAGUUUAGAGCAGAAGGGACAAAGAAGAAGAGCGGGCAGGAGCCAUGGAAAACCUGCAGCCCCUCCAGCUCAGUACAGCACAGAGGAGUCAACUAUGACCUGUGACUCUGUGUCAACUGCAAGUACCUACUCUCUCCCGGCACCCCGAGGACCUUCAAGUGCCCUCACCAAUAAGAAAGCUGUAAAGCUGGUCAGCAAAUCCAUCCAGGCAGGUGAUUUAGAAAUAGUGAACAGUGCCACCAAGAAGAACACUAGAGAUGUGGGGAUGACCUUCCCCUCCCCAAACCUUGCCAGGGCUGUACACAUGCAGGCUCCCAGCAACCCUGACCUGCAGCCCAACAAGAUGGAUAAGAAAACACAGGACUUCCUUUAUGAGAAGACGACAAAGAGGAGCAACAGGCAACGACACCCCCGAGGUGUGUGUUGGUUUGUUCCUGCUGAUGAUUUGAAGUCCGAGUCGAAGAAAGAGAACCAGCCCAGCUCUGAGCCCAGUCCAGGUUCUGCCUGGUUUGCACCCCUUGGCUACACCAAGCGCUGGAGGGAGCCACUCAGAGAAAAGCACAUGCAGGAACAGCUGGUCAACAGGAUCCUGGAGCAGCCAAUUGCAAACCAAGCCAUCAGUAACAAAGGCCCUCGUUCAUUUGUGAGGAUAACUCUGCAGGAAGCCCUGGAAAUGCGGCGACCAGACUUUGUCUCUCGUUCCCGGGAGCGAAUGAAACGGUUAGAGCUGCACGCAGAGGAGAGGAGGAUUCAGUCUGUGUUUAACAGCGAACGAGAAAAUCUCUUCAACAAUCCCACCACAAAGACAGGCUGGAGGGCCACGAAUCCGGACCAGCAGACUGACGAAGAAAUUCCCAUGGUGCAAAGGAGAAGAACAGUUUCAAAGAAAGAGAUGUUCACAAGAUCCAAACACCUGCCUUUUAAGCAAGGGAGCUUAGUGUCAGCCUCAGAGAAAGUAGGAAGAAGAAUGUAUUCUCAGCUUCCGGAGAUUAGACACCGGCGUGAGGAGGAGAGGAGGAGGGAAGAGUACAAGUCCUACAGGCUCAAGGCAGCGCUCUAUAAGAAGAAAAUUACAAACCACGUUUUGGGAAGAAAAACUCCUUGGCAGUGAGUGAAAAGAACAAUGUGAAAAACUCCUCAGUAUACACUGGAUAGUAUUAGUAUUGGGCUUUAAUGAAGUACCAGCAACUGCAGGGUUAACUCAUUGUUUGUUAAUUGUGUUUUGUAAAUGCCAGCAAUAUUUUUUAAUGGAUAAUAUUUUUUUGUAUUAAUUGAAA